AUGGAGCCACACGCGGCCAUGCUUCUUAACCCCAAGGGUUAUAAAAAGCAGGUUCAACGCAAUGACCAUUCUGCGAUCGCCAUGGAACCCAGCGGGACGCUACUCUCCUUUCAGCAAUCCCUCCAACCCUCAUCGACCGAGGUCCCGGUGUCGUCUGAAUGCGCUAGCUCACAAUCUCUAGGCAUCGGACAACAACCUUCAUCCCGACUCCCCCGCGAAGCCACUUCUCAGAUUUCACCUAUCGCACCCCCAGGAACAGUCCCUAUAAUGCGCCCCAGAUCGAAUCAGCCCUUGAAUGAGGAAGUCACCGUCCAGUUUACAAACACACGUGACGGCGAAGACAGCGAUUCCAAGCGAAACUACCAUGAGAUCAGUGACAGCGACGACACCAGACCUCGAUCACGCAAUCUGAUCGAAAAUAUCUAUGACAUCGAACAGCGCAGACACGAGUUCCAGCCAGCGAAGAAAAUGAAGAUGGAUGGCACGGUUACUCCAGGCAACAUGACGAGCAAGCCUGCGAUCCCCGCAGAUAAUGGUCUUGGACAGUGGAUGAAGGAUGGUGAAUCUAAGCCAAAUUCAACCUCAACGUCGACCCCGACUUCAUCUGAUGUGGUGGACUUGACUGCGGAUCUCCCCAAGGCUGCUGAAGAUGACGAUGUGCAAGUCACUGGAUCGAACGAUCUCAGCAACCAGCGGAUCUGCUAUGGUAAGCUGGAAAAUGCCAUGGUCAAUGCACACCUUGUUCCCAAGCCCCGUGCGAACCCUGUGCUUGGACCGGAGUCGUUGCAGUGGUCAUCGAUGAAGCUGGAUUUGGUCCGGGAGGCACGCAAGGGUGACAACCGAAUCGACGUCAAAGACCCCUUUGGCAAACUGUUUGCAACUGUUGAUGCGAAGACUUCCAUCGCCCUUUGCCCUUUGCUUGACUCUCCUGCAUUGGGAAUCGAUGUUACCGCCCGCUUAGACAUGCGAAAGAAGGUUGCUGGCGAAGAGGUCUGGCAGCCGACUCAUGGGCUUUAUCGAGCAUCCAUCACUAUAUACGGACCGCGAAAGCACGUUGAGAAGGUUGGAAACUUUCUGGGUCAGCACAAUGUCUGGUUGGGUACUCCGGUUUUUGUGGAAAAUGGGGUGCCCGUCUUCAAUCCGCAUGCUGAACAACGACGUGCCAUGGCUGCAGCCGCGGCGGCGAACAACGGUAAUCGUCCGGUGUCCAACAUUCGCUAUGAAGUGCGCACCACCGAGGAGGUCACCGAUUCGGUGAUGAAGAUGUUCGACAAAUUGGUUAGCAUGGAUAUUCCUAAGCUGGAACCUCCUGCUACGGUCGUUACACCUCUUUUGGACCACCAGAAACAAGCUCUGUGGUUCAUGAAGGAGAAGGAAGCGCCGCGGAAGUACGGUGACAAAGAGGAGGAUCACAACUCCCUGUGGCGCAAGAUCAUCCAGAAUGGCCGCACCAAGUACCAGGACAUUAUCAGUGGGGUCAUCUGUGAUGAGGAACCAGCACAGACUUACGGGGGCCUCCUGGCUGAUGUAAUGGGCCUGGGAAAGACCUUGAGUAUCCUCUCGUUGGUCCUGUCUACGCUUGACGAUGCCACCGAUUGGGCUCGAAAGAUGCCCGAUCGCCACCUCGUCCGCAGCAUUCCAGGUGUUCGCAACACGCGGACUACACUUCUAGUUGUGCCACUUUCUACGAUUGCCAAUUGGGUCUCGCAGAUCAAUGAGCAUAUAAAACCAGACUCGUUGAAAUACUACGUCUUCCAUGGUGCUUCACGGAAGACUGAUUUGGACGCACUCUCCGAAUUAGACCUGUUGAUCACCACUUACCCUACCAUUCACAGCGAGAUUCUUGGAAGAGGUGCCAAGCGUGGCAGUCCCUUGGCGAAGAUGAACAUGUUUCGAAUUGUUCUGGACGAGGCCCACAGCAUCCGAGAGCUGGGCAAUCAACAGACCAAAGCAAUUUUGAGCCUCAACUCGCAGCGUCGUUGGUCCGUCACUGGCACGCCAAUCCAAAACCGCCUUGAAGAUCUCCUCUCGGUCACCAAGUUCCUGCGGCUGUUUCCUUACGACGAUCGGGCCAGAUUCUCCCAUAAUGUCAUCAGCCCCAUGAAAACUGGAAAUGCAAACGCGCUCGCGAGUUUGAGAGUCUUGAUUGACUCUUUUACUCUGCGUCGUGUCAAGAAGAUGCUUGAUCUGCCUGAGCGGACAGAGAAGAUUGUCACACUGGAAUUCAACGAGAAGGAAGCACAGCUACAUGAAUUCUUCCGCAAUGAAUCCAAUGCCAUGAUGGGUGUUAUUGCCAAGGAGAGCAGAAAGACCAUCAGCGGUCGCAUGUACCACGUUGUACUGAAAGCGAUGAUGAUUCUCCGCCAAGUCAGUGCUCAUGGCAAGGAGCUUCUGGACAUCGAAGACCGGGAGAGAACCAAGGGAUUGAGCGUGCAGGAUGCCAUCGAUUUGGAAGACAGUGAACCGGACGAGAACCAAGACGCAUUCGACAAAAAGGCCCUUCGUCAUGUUGAUCUUAUGGUCCAGUCAGGAGACACCUGCAAGAUCUGCGAUAAGCUCAUUGAGGUGCCGAUGACGGAGACUGGGGCUCAAGACAAGAAUUCUCCGAUGGCUAUCUAUUUGCCCUGCCUAUGCGUUCUUUGCCCCGAUUGUUUCUCCCCCUGGAAGACCGUGUUUGACUCGAAGCCGGACACAGAGAUUCAGUGCCAAGUCUGCGGUGGCUGGACCCGACUGCAGUACUCUGAGGUCACAGCGGCUGGUCUUGACAGAUUGCAGAUCCAGCAAAAGGAAUCGCGUAAGAAUGGAAAGAUUCUGGGUGAAUAUGAGGGUCCGCACACGAAGACUCUUGCUCUCAUCGAGAAUCUACUGUCAAUCGCCGCGGAAAGCAAGACGCUGGUUGGUGAACCACCUAUCAAGGCUGUGGUUUUCUCGCUUUGGACUUCACACCUAGACUUGAUCGAGAUCGCUCUGAAGCAGAAUGGCCUGGACUGUUUCACUCGACUGGACGGAACCAUGAACUUGAAGGCCCGCAGCAAGGCACUCGAUGCCUUUGCCAAGGAUAACAACAUCACUAUACUCCUGGCCACUAUCGGUGCCGGCGGUGUCGGCCUGAAUCUGACGUCUGCAUCUCGCGUCUUUGUCAUGGAGCCACAUUAUAACCCAGCGGCAGUCGCGCAGGCCGUUGAUCGUGUACACCGCUUGGGUCAGCACCGGGAGGUAGUAAUUAUGCAGUUCAUCAUGAAGAACAGCAUCGAGGAAAAGAUUCUCGAGUUGGCACGAAAGAAGCAGAAGCUCGCGGACAUGAGUAUGAACCGUGGCAAGCUUGACAAGGGUGAAGCACAAGAGCAACGCAUGCGGGAAUACCGCAGCCUUUUCAAGUGA